CAUUUGCUCCAUCCUGCUUCAUGCAUGGAUGAAAAGAAUUGUGUUCUACAGAGAUAAAGCGUGGAUAGAACAGUUCAAAUUCGUUGCGAAUAUACUCCUAUUUGUGCUAGCGGCCAUGAGUACAAAACCAAGGUGUCCACCUCCACAGUCCGCAGGGCAGGGCACCACCCACACACACACUGACACAGGUCAGAUCGAGAGAGAUACACUCGCAGAGGCAGAGCACAGCAGAGAGAAGAAGGUCAUGGGCAUGGCGGCCGGCGAAGAGCCACCGGCAACACUGCCUCCUCACACCUACACCAUCGGCUACGCGCUGCAGCCAAAGAAGGUGGACACCGUCAUCCGCCCCUCCCUCGUCGCACUGGCCGCCGAGCGCGGGAUGCGCCUCGUCGCCGUAGAUCCCUCCCGCCCCCUCGCCGACCAGGGCCCCUUCCACCUCCUCAUCCACAAGCUCUACGACCAGGCCUGGCGCGCGCAGCUGGAGGCCUUCUCCGCGCUCCACCCCUCCGUCCCCGUCGUCGACCCGCCCGCCGCCGUCGCCCGCCUCCUCGACCGCGCCUCCAUGCUCGGCGUCGUCGCCGAGGUCAACGCCGCCGGCCGCGCGGGCUCCCUCGGCGUGCCCCUCCAGGUGGCCAUCCACGACACAUCAGAUCUCGCCGAUCCGGAUCUGCUCGCCGCGCUGCGGUUCCCGCUCAUCGCCAAGCCGCUGGGCGUGGACGGCAGCGCCGGCUCCCACGCCAUGUCCCUCGUGUACCGCCGCGACGGCCUCGCGGGCCUCCGCCCGCCCGUCGUGCUGCAGGAGUUCGUCAACCACGGCGCCGUGCUCUUCAAGGUCUACGUGCUCGGCGGCCACGCCACCUGCGUGCGGCGCCGCAGCCUGCCGGACGUGCCGGCGGAGCGGCUGCUGGACCUCGACGCCGACGCGGCCGUGCCCUUCGCCAACGUGUCCAGCCUCGCCACGGUGCACGCCGACACCGAGGACGACGUGGGGGACGACGCCGAGAUGCCGCCGCCCGUGUUCGUCGACGAGGUCGCGCGCGGGCUCCGGCGGGCGCUCGGGCUCCACCUGUUCAACUUCGACAUGAUCCGCGGGAGGAAGGCCGCCGGAGGGGGAGGCCAGUACUUCAUCAUCGACAUCAACUACUUCCCCGGGUUCGACAAGCUGCCCGGGUACGAGGUCGCGCUCACGGAUUUCUUCGACGAGAUGAUUCGUUCCGCCCACACGGGCUCCGGUACCGGAGACGCCGACGGUGCCAUGCCUCCAACCUUCUCUGCGGAUGUAUAAUGGGCCGUUUUGUGCUCUAUCUGUCCUGCGAUUUGUUCAACUCCUACUAGAACAGAUCAAUUUUCCACUCUAAUAAUGAUUUUUUUGCGUCACUUUUGCUGGAAUUAAGGGUGAUGGCAACACACUAACAACUCAGCCCUUCGAUUUUGACACCGUGAGCACCUUAGAUUUUGAUCAUGAAAUGGAAAUGGAAUUCAUGUCA